AUGCCCAGCGCAGUGUCUGCCCCACAAACUCUGUACGACAAGGUCCUGCGGGAUCAUACUGUCGACGAGAAGGAGGACGGUACUCUUUUGCUGUAUAUCGAUCGCCAUCUCGUUCAUGAAGUGACGUCGCCACAAGCUUUCGAAGGCCUCAAGAAUGCCGGCCGCCAGGUGAGACGGCCGGAUUGCACCCUUGCAACCAUCGACCACAACAUCCCCACGACGUCCCGCAAAACCUACAAGGACAUCAAGAGCUUCAUCGAAGAACCCGACUCCAGGACACAAUGUGCUGCCCUCGACGACAAUGUCCGCGACUUCAAUCUGACCUUCUUUGGUCUCGAUGAUGACAGACAAGGAAUUGUUCACGUCGUUGGUCCAGAGCAGGGCUUCACUCUGCCGGGAACCACUGUCGUGUGUGGCGACAGUCAUACAUCUACACAUGGCGCCUUUGGGUCUCUUGCCUUUGGCAUUGGAACCAGUGAAGUCGAGCAUGUCCUCGCUACCCAAACCCUCAUUUCAAAGCGCAGCAAGAACAUGAAGGUCCAGGUUGACGGAGAACUGGCUCCUGGCGUUAGCAGCAAGGAUGUUGCUCUCUACGUCAUUGGCCAGAUUGGCACUGCUGGUGGUACAGGCGCUGUCAUUGAGUUCUGCGGAUCUACCAUCCGGAGCCUCAGUAUGGAGGCCAGGAUGUCCAUUUGCAACAUGUCCAUUGAGGGUGGCGCAAGAGCCGGCAUGAUUGCCCCUGAUCAGACUACCUUUGAUUAUCUCAGGGGGCGACCUCUUGCUCCCGCAUAUGAUAGCCCUGUAUGGAAGCGCGCCGUUCAGUACUGGUCAACCCUGAAGACAGACGAGGGUGCCAAGUUUGACAAGGAGGUCUACAUCAAUGCCCAAGAUAUCCCCCCUACCAUCACUUGGGGUACCUCCCCUGAGGACACUGUCCCCAUCACUGGCGUCAUCCCCAGCCCCGAUGACUUCACAGACCCCAACAAGAAAUUGGCUUGCGAGCGAGCUCUUGAGUACAUGGAUCUGGUUGCCGGAACCCCCGUACAAGAUGUUACCAUUGACAAGGUGUUUAUCGGUUCCUGCACCAACGCACGAAUGGAAGAUCUUCGAUCUGCUGCCCGAGUAGUAGAGGGCAAGAAGAUUGCCCCCAAUGUCAAGCUUGCCAUGAUCGUCCCUGGGUCCGGCCUGGUGAAGAAGCAGGCCGAGAGGGAAGGACUUGACAAGAUUUUUGAGGAUGCUGGUUUCUCGUGGAGAGAAGCUGGUUGCUCCAUGUGCCUGGGAAUGAACCCUGAUAUCCUGUCACCUGGAGAGCGAUGCGCCUCAACAUCCAACCGUAACUUUGAGGGUCGCCAGGGAGCUGGCGGACGGACUCAUUUAAUGUCACCUGUCAUGGCCGCAGCUGCAGCCAUUGCUGGAAAGUUGGCUGAUGUGCGCAAGAUUGCCGGACCUGGCCGCUCGUCUCCCGUUGUAAAGACGGAAGUUCAUGUCGCCGUUUCUGACCCGGCUGAAGAGGAGCUCUCUGGCGACGAUGACCUCGACCGCAUCUUGGAUAUUCCCGAGGAUGAGGCCCCCACCUCUUCUAGCGCCCCUGCUCCCUCCGGUGGAAUGGACAAGUUCACAGUCCUCAAGGGUAUCGCUGCCCCCUUGGAGCGAGCCAAUGUUGAUACUGAUGCUAUCAUUCCCAAGCAGUUCCUGAAGACCAUCAAGCGAACUGGCUUGGGCAGUGCUCUAUUCAACCAGUGGCGAUAUGACGCCUCUGGGAAGGAGAACCCAGACUUCGUCCUGAACAAAGAACCUUAUCGUCAGGCCAAGGUCCUCGUUGUCACAGGCCCCAACUUCGGUUGCGGCUCAAGUCGUGAGCACGCCCCAUGGGCUCUUCUCGACUUUGGUAUCCGCAGUAUUCUCGCUCCUUCAUUUGCCGAUAUCCAUCAGUCCAACCUGUACAAGAACGGCAUGCUUCCCGUUGUCCUGGACGCCGAGUCCCUUGAGCGGGCUGCAGUCGAGGCCAGAGCCGGCCGAGAGCUGGAGAUCGACCUCGAGGCCCAGGUCGUCAGGACCGCUGACGGGCAGGAGAUCGGCAAGUUCGACGUCGAGCCCUUCAAGAAGCACUGCCUCAUCAACGGCCUCGAUGACAUUGGCCUGACGUCUCAGCUGGAGAGCAAGAUCCGAGACUUCGAGAAGCGAAGAACUCAAAACACUCCCUGGCUGGACGGCUCCGGGUACCUGAAGAGGACCGGCCCCGUCAAGAUCUCAGCUGCGCCGGUCCCCAAGACCAACCGCGGCGAGGUGAAGCAGGACCCCCUCGAGUGGUAA